AUGCAGUCAAGAGCGCAUUUAGUACCGGCCGCUUCCCGGCGACUUGCCGCCGCUUCCAAGGGCGCUCUGCGACAACACCAGUUCCGUCGAGCCCUCGCGCCCGCUCCACGGUUAGCGGCCUUGCCCGAUUUGAAACACGCCCUUCCUACCGUCGCAGUCCGCACAUAUUCCAAUGGCAGGCCACACCCUCCUGGCGGCACGCACCGCAUGAACCUCGGAGGCGAACCGGAGAAGCCGGCCCUCGAACAGUACGGAGUCGACUUGACAGCGAAGGCCAAGGCGGGCAAGCUGGAUCCCGUCAUUGGAAGGUCGGCCGAGAUCCAGCGUACAAUUCAGAUUCUCUCCCGCCGGACCAAAAACAAUCCCGUUCUCAUCGGCAGUGCCGGCGUCGGCAAGACCGCUGUUAUCGAAGGGCUGGCCCUCGAGAUUGUGCGGGGUGCCGUCCCCGAGAGUAUCAAGAACAAGAGGGUCAUCACCCUGGAUCUCGGCUCCCUUAUCGCUGGCGCAAAGUUCAGGGGUGACUUCGAGGAGCGGCUCAAGAAGGUGCUCACUGAAGUCCAGCAAGCGAACGGCGAGGUCAUUCUCUUCAUCGACGAGCUCCAUACGCUUCUCGGCUUGGGCAAGGCGGAGGGUUCAAUUGAUGCUUCGAACCUUCUCAAGCCUGCUCUAUCCCGAGGCGAACUACAAUGUUGUGGCGCUACAACGCUGGCCGAAUACCGCCAGAUCGAGAAAGACGUCGCCUUGGCGAGGCGGUUCCAACCCAUCCUCGUCAGCGAGCCCAACGUACAGGACACAAUCAGCAUCCUUCGCGGUAUCAAGGACAAAUACGAGGUACACCACGGCGUCCGUAUUACCGAUGGGGCACUGGUAGCUGCCGCAACCCUCUCGAACCGAUACAUCACCGACCGCUUCCUACCCGACAAGGCAAUCGACCUGAUGGACGAGGCUGCCAGCUCGCUGAGACUGCAGCAGGAAAGCAAACCUGAGGACAUUCUGCGCCUCGACCAAAAAAUUAUGACAAUCCAGAUCGAGCUUGAGAGCCUACGGAAAGAGAAAGACAUUGCGAGCAAGGAGCGGCGGGAGAAACUCGAAGAGGACCUCAAUAAAUGUCAGGAAGAGGCACAGGCUUUGACAGAAAAGUGGGAGAAGGAAAAGGCAGAGAUUGACGCCAUCAAACAAACCCAAGCUGAGCUCGACAAGGCCCGCAUCGAGUUGGAGCAGGCUCAGAGACAAGGCAACUUUGCAAAGGCGUCAGAGUUGAGAUUUGGCGUGAUCCCCACCCUCGAGCAAAAGCUGCCAAAGGAGGGCGAGAAGGCCGAAGGCGAGGGCGCCCUGAUCCACGACUCGGUGACCGCAGACGAUAUUGCCAACGUCGUGUCGAGGAUCACCGGAAUCCCAAUAUCCAAGCUGUCAACUGGGCACACUGAGAGGUUAAUACACAUGGAAGACAUUCUGCGCGAGUCCGUUCGCGGGCAGGAUGAGGCUUUGAAGGCUGUUGCCGACGCGGUACGGAUGCAGCGAGCUGGUCUCAGCGGCGAGAACCGGCCGCUCGCAUCCUUCUUCUUCCUCGGUCCUACCGGUGUCGGCAAGACGGAACUGUGUAAGAAGCUCGCCGGCUUCCUCUUCUCGACCGAAACCGCCGUUGUCCGCUUCGACAUGAGCGAGUUCCAGGAGAAGCACACCAUUUCCCGCCUCAUCGGCGCUCCCUCGGGCUACGUGGGUUACGAAGACGCCGGCCAACUAACAGAGGCGGUUCGGCGGAAGCCGUACGCGGUCCUUCUCUUCGACGAAUUCGAGAAGGCCCACCGCGACAUCUCGGCCUUGCUGCUCCAGGUCUUGGACGAGGGCUACCUCACCGACGCCCAAGGACACAAAGUCGACUUUAAGAACACCAUCAUCGUCCUGACGUCGAACCUCGGAGCCGACAUCCUGGUUGGCGCCGAUCCGAUUCACCCAUACAAGGAGACCGAAGACGGCGACAUCCAUCCGAGCGUCAAGAGAGCGGUCAUGGACGUGGUCGCUGCCAACUACCCGCCCGAAUUUCUCAACCGGAUUGAUUCCUUCAUCGUCUUCAAGCGGCUCUCGAUCCAGGCGCUGCGGGACAUUGUCGACAUCCGGCUCAAGGAACUCCAGCAGCGGCUGGACGACCGCCGCAUCACGCUGUGCGUGCCCCACGACGUCCGGGACUGGCUCGCCGAGAGAGGCUACGAUCCCAAGUUUGGCGCUCGCCCCCUCAACCGGCUGAUCACGACCCAGAUCGGCAACGGCCUGGCGGACAAGAUCAUUCGGGGGGAUAUCAAGAUGGGCGAUGUGGCUGUUGUUGCAAUGAACGAGGAUAAGAGCGGCCUGAUCAUUCGGGCCCAGCAGAAUGCCGACAAGGAAACUUGA